AGCUGCCAGCAUCUGAUUAAAACCAUAUCUCUCGCUGUGACUGGCUAACUAAUCUGAAGGCGAGAGUACAACUGAAUAUUUAACCGGGCCCCCGGUCCCAGCCAGGCUACCGGCUGCAGCCGUCGGAUCAUGCACGGAUCGGCACGGAUCUAGGCUGUAAACUAUUAUGUCUGUCUACUGAUUGUUAUUUGGAUUUUUAAAAACUACAGCAAGCAUAGCUGGCCACCAUCUCGUCAUGUCUACUGAAGCUGAAACUACUACUAUCAACAGCCAGCCUGAGCAACAGGCUCCACCAAAAGCACAACCUUCAAAGAAGGAAAAAAAGAAAGGGCCAGAAAAGACAGAUGAAUCUCUCUUGGCCAGAUUCAAAGGUGAUGGUGUAAGAUACAAAGCUAAACUGAUUGGCAUUGAUGAUGUCCCAGAGGCAAGAGGAGACAAAAUGAGUCAGGAUUCGAUGAUGAAGCUGAAGGGAAUGGCAGUGGCAGCCCGUUCCCAGGGUCAACACAAACAGAAAAUCUGGGUGAACAUCUCCCUCUCUGGUAUCAAGAUAAUAGAUGAGAAAACUGGGGUCAUAGAGCAUGAGCAUCCAGUAAACAAAAUCUCCUUUAUUGCUCGGGAUGUAACAGACAAUCGUGCCUUUGGCUAUAUUUGUGGAGGAGAAGGCCAGCACCAAUUUUUUGCCAUAAAAACAGCACAACAGGCUGAGCCUCUAGUUGUUGAUCUUAAGGACCUCUUCCAGCUAAUAUAUAAUAUGAAGAAGAAGGAAGAAGAAGACAAGAAAAAGGCGAGUAAAAUUAUAGAAACUGCAUUAAAUGGUAGCGAAGCACUACCCGCUGAUCAAGCUGACAAAAUGAAACUGGGAGUUGACCAGAUGGACUUGUUUGGGGAUAUGUCAACACCUCCUGAUAUGUGCAGUCCCACAGAAGCUAAAGAGAUUCUGUUAGUGGAUCUAAAUUCUGAAAUUGAGACCAAACAGACUUUUACAAAAGAGGAUCUCUUCUUGAAUGGCAUCACAACCUCUCUUCCACAACCAAAGCCACAGCCAACCUUCUUGCCUGAGAGUUCUUUCUCUACCAAUCUCAGCUUCUUUCCCACACCUAAUCCAGACCCUUUCAGUGAUGAUCCUUUUGCACAGCCAGACCAAUCUGCACUGCCUUCAUUUGAUUCUCUAAAAUCUGCUGAUCAGAAGAAGGAAAGUCUGAGUACCUUGACACCGGUGGGUAAUGGUGCUUCAAAUGGUGAUAUUGACUACUUUGGUAAGCAGUUUGACCAGAUUUCUAAUAGAACUGGCAAACGAGAAGCACUAACAAGCCAGUGGCCACCUGAGAGUAAGCCGCCUGCAGCAAGAACUCCAAAUGGGGUACCAGAGAGAGAACAGAAUGGCUUUCUUAAAGCCCCAUCAACCCUGUUUGUGGAAGGUCCUUCCAAAGGAUUACCUCUGCAGAAUGGAGUAAGGCUGGAUUCUGAAAGCAAUAUCCAGCUCAUGUCACAUGAGUCUAUAACAAUUAGCCCACCACCACAAAGUACCAAGCCAGGAAGAGGAAGGAGAUCUGUCAAGACUGCAUCGAAUGACUUAUUUAGCUCAGACUUCUUUGUGCCGAUUACAGAGAGCCUUAGCUUGACCUCAGUGGCACAAACAGGACCUGUGCCAACUAGUCCACUGGACCUCUUCAAAACAAGUCCUACCACAGCACCUCCAUUGGCUGGUCUAGGUGGCUUGCCAGUAACUUCAUCACCAUGGAGUGCACAGACACCUGCCUUCACUCAGGCUGCAUCAGUCUUUUCUGGGUCUAUGAUGCCUGCUCAACCUACGGGAUUUACUCAACCACUUGCCUUUGGUACUCAAGCACUGCCAAGCUGGAACCAGCCUGCAUCUUUUGGUCCAGCAGGCCCUCAGUCUGGUCUCUGGGCACAGGCAGCACAAGUUCCAUCUUCUUCAUGGGCACAGCCAUCCAGUGCUGUAAAUCCCUUCCAGAGUAGUGUGUUCCCAUCUUCAACACUACCUGCUCAGACGCCAUCUGUACUGCCCUCCAUGUCAACAACAACUAGCCCACCUCAGCCACCACCUAGAACUGCACCUCAGAAAGAGCUAUCCAAGAAAGAGAGUGAUGCUUUUAUUGCUCUGGAUCCACUUGGUGAUAAAGAGAUGAAGGAUGUCAAGGAAAUGUUCAAAGACUUCCAGCUGACAAAGCCACCUGCAGUACCAGCAAGGAGAGGAGAGCAGCAAAGCCUUUCAGGUGCUUCUGAAGCUUUCAGCAAUUAUUUUAGUAGUAAAGUAGGCAUUCCUCAAGAUAGUACAGAUCAUGAUGACAUGGAAGCUAGCAAGCUGUCUGCCAAAAUGACUGAACCACCAAAGCCUGCUCCCCGACAAAGUGUGCUGCUAGCUGAUGGCCUGUUUGAAAAUCAAGCUAAAACAGACCUUUUCAGUGCCUCAUCUAAGGAGUCUCAGAAACCACCUUCUGGUCCUUUUGGUGAUCCUUUUGGCAACCCAUUUGCAUAGAUCAGGCAUAACCAGAAAAGGACAAAUGGAAUAGCUGGACCUCUUCUCAACAUGAUUUUUCUACUUGUUUCACUUUGCUGUCUGCCACUUUUGCUGCCGUUCCAUGAUGUCUGUAAUCUAAAACAUGUCCAGGUGGAUUGAAACACAAACCCUCAAAGAACAUGCUGUGAAGAUGCUAAUUCAGGGCAAAGCAAAUGGAGAGUUGGACUUGUGCUGGAGACCCAAAUUCAAAUUGGUGGAUGUUAACUUUACUUUAGUUCUUUGCAGUAUUCCACAGAAGAGCUUAGCAACACUAAGUCAUGUGUCUUGUAAACAUGGUCACCACAAUUCCUCUUUCUGUAGCACUUACUGUCCUAAAAUAUAGGAACUGAAUGUACCUGGGGAAGAAGUGUUGCCUUCACAUAAGGGAAUUGAAUUAGUAGCUAGAACUCCACACCUUAAACAACUAGGUCAGUUGCCUGUUAUCACAACAGCGGCCAGUUGUAAAGUUAAGUGGACACUACUCAGUUCUAAUUGGUGACUGGACAUGUGACUUGUUCUCUGAGCCACAAAGAUGUAAACUGUAUGGUAGGGGAGAAAAAUUCCAAUGGUUGUCUAUUUAACUAAUGGUAAAAGUAUCAUUCUGCCAUAAAUGUGUAAUAAAGGGACUAACUGUGGGGUCUGUAACAGAACUGCCGGGGUCCUAGACUAGAGGUCUACACUGUAGGGUCAGAUAAGCUGAAACACUUCUUGCAGAACACUGAGGUAGUCGUGGACACUAACCGUUGUCUUGGUGCUAAUAUGGCUUUUUUCAGGGAGGGAAAUCUACUAGGAUUACUUUUUUAUUAAGGUGGCUUGGCAGACAAAUGGAACAAGCAGAUAGGCUUCUUGCGUAUAUCUCAGUGAAUGUCCCUGAUAUUGCUCAGUUUGAGUUGUCACAUGGUGUAGUGUGGCAUGUUUCCAGAAUGUUAGAAAGCAAAAAGACAAUCAUGGCUUCACUCCAUGCCUAGAGUCCUUGUGAACAGAUGCACCACCUCUGUGCCAUUAAUGUGAGGUAGUUCUCCAUCUCUUGAAAACUGUGCCUUUUCUAAAGAACCUCUCUACUAACAGAUCUCUAAAUCUGUUAUAACUGACUGUAACAGCUACAUUCUUGGCCAGUGGUGAUGGCUGAUGUGUCAGAGGUUUUUCUGUCAAUGCUAAGUAUAAACUUGAAAUAGUACUGUUAAAUCAAAUGCCUAAGCAGUUGCUGAACUGGAGAGCUAAGAAAGUCAACUUGAAUACAGCCUUAGUACCCAAUUCAGCCAGUCAUGCAAUUAGUCUUGUAUAUAAACCUCUCUUGCACUUUCUGUAAUGCGAAAAAGCUAUGAAUUUAAGUAUUUGUCUCAAACUGGAAAUGUAGAAACUUACAGAUGUUACACUGUUAUAUAAAACUGUAGUAUCUCAAGUAAUGUUACCUGAUGACAUUAAAAACAAGCAACUGUUCAU